AUGAGGCGCAGCGGAACAGCACUUUCCUUCCUGCUCAGCGAGCGGGUCCGAGAGUCUGCGGAUUCCAGCUCAGCCCCUGCGAGUCCCCGUGGCAGUGGUGUCAUCUGGAGACGCUUCUCAGGGACCCCGUUGCUGCCACCGCUGUCGAGCCGCCUCAGGCCCCCGGGAGAAGCCGAGCCCAGCUCCUGUGUGGUGUUCACCAUCGGGGCUCGAGGGACAGAGCAAGGCCACGGUCCAGCUUCAGGCAGCUUUGACCUGGAAAAUGCAUUCUCGCGUGAGAGAAGCGCUCAGGACCCUCACGUUGGGCCUGGCCUCGGCCAGGCCAUCCACGCCCCUGCCCAACACAGCCAGCGGCGGGAGUCCUUCCUGUACCGCUCCGACAGCGACUAUGACCUCUUGCCGAAGGCCAUGUCCCGGAACUCCUCCGUGGCCAGCGACCUACAUGGAGAAGACAUGAUUGUGACCCCCUUUGCCCAGGUCCUGGCCAGUCUGCGGACUGUUCGGAGCAAUGUGGCUGCCCUAGCCCACCUGCAAGGCCAAAGAGCAGCCAAGCAGACAACCAUCGGGAGCCCUCCACCUGCCAGCCAGCCCCCUCCGCCUACAGAGGACACUGGGCAGAAGCUGGCUUUGGAGACACUGGAUGAGCUGGACUGGUGUCUGGAUCAGCUGGAGACGCUGCAGACCCGGCACUCGGUGGGGGACAUGGCCUCCAACAAGUUCAAGCGGAUGCUGAACCGGGAGCUGACUCACCUGUCUGAGACCAGCCGCUCGGGGAACCAGGUGUCAGAGUACAUUUCCCAGACCUUCCUGGACCAACAGGCGGAGGUGGAGCUGCCCAAGGGGACCCCCAAGGAACCCUCGAGGCCCAUGUCCCAGAUCAGCGGCCUGCAGGGGCUCCCCCACAGCGCCAGCCUCUCCGCAGCCACCGUCCCACGCUUUGGGGUCCAGACUGACCAGGAGGGGCAGCUGGCCAAGGAGCUGGAAGACACCAACAAGUGGGGGCUGGAUGUGUUCAAGGUGGCAGAGCUCAGUGGGAACCGGCCCCUCACAGCCGUCAUAUUCAGCAUCUUUCAGAAUCGGGACCUGCUCAAGACAUUCCAGAUCCCAGUGGACACGCUGGCCACCUACCUGCUGACGCUGGAGGGUCACUACCACGCCGACGUGGCCUACCACAACAGCCUGCACGCCGCGGACGUGGCCCAGUCCACGCACGUGCUGCUGGCCAUGCCUGCGCUGGAGGCUGUGUUCACAGACUUGGAAGUCCUGGCUGCCAUCUUUGCAAGCGCCAUCCACGAUGUGGACCAUCCCGGGGUCUCCAACCAGUUUCUCAUUAACACCAACUCGGAGCUGGCGCUGAUGUACAACGACGCCUCCGUGCUGGAGAACCACCACCUGGCCGUGGGCUUCAAGCUGCUGCAGGCGGAGAACUGCAACAUCUUCCAGAACCUCAGCCCCAAGGAGUGGCUGAGUCUGCGCAGGAUGGCCAUCGACAUAGUGCUGGCCACCGACAUGUCCAAACACAUGAACCUCCUGGCUGACCUCAAGACCAUGGUGGAGACCAAGAAAGUGACGAGCCUGGGCGUCCUGCUGCUGGACAACUACUCCGACCGCAUCCAGGUCCUGCAGAACCUGGUGCACUGUGCCGACCUCAGCAACCCCACCAAGCCGCUGCCCCUGUACCGCCAGUGGACAGACCGCAUCAUGGCCGAGUUCUUCCAGCAGGGCGACCGCGAGCGGGAGUCGGGCCUGGACAUCAGCCCCAUGUGUGACAAGCACACAGCCUCGGUGGAGAAGUCCCAGGUGGGUUUCAUUGACUACAUCGCCCACCCGCUGUGGGAGACCUGGGCGGACCUGGUGCACCCAGAUGCCCAGGGCCUGCUGGACACACUGGAGGACAACCGCGAGUGGUACCUGAGCAAGAUCCCCCGCAGCCCCGCGGAGCCCGCCUGCCCCGAGCAGGGCAGCCUCGACAGAUGCCAGCUCGAGCUGACUCUGGAGGAGGCGGAAGAAGAGGAGGAAGAAGAGGAGGAAGAGGAGGAGGAGAGAAUGCUGGCUCAGGAGGCCUCCGCGUCACCUGGCACUGACCUCCCGUCCCCUGAGGCCGGCUCAGACCCUGGGGCCUUAUGCCUAGACAGCCAGAGGACCGUGGGCAAGCCCUGCGUGGACCAGGAGGGCGACGUAACGGCUGAGCCAUCUGGCUCCUAA